AUGUCUCCACAUCAACCAGAUGCAGACCCUUCUGGCCUGUGCUCCAUCCUGCAACACGGGAAUGACGCUACCCCAGGGGGAGGUGAAUCCUACACGCUCUACAGUUUAAGAUCCCCUGACCUGGUCCAAUCUCUUUUCACAUUUGGGAAAAGUGGUCCAGAUGUCCCCUCAGCCUCCGCCACGUGGGCAACAAAAACGAGUGCCCAGCCCAGACCCCGCUCCCAGCCCAGGCCCCGCUCCCAGCCCAGACCCCCCCAGUCCCUGCCCAGGCCCCGCUCCCAGCCCAGACCCCGCUCCCUGCCCAGGCCCCGCUCCCAGCCCAGACCCCGCUCCCUG